CUGUGCGCGUUCACGAGCCAUGAUGAAUGUAGUCGGGUGCGCGUUUCUGCCUGUACAGCAUUCAUAAAACGUUAAAGGGAUGCUGAAUGCAGCCCUGAAUUCCCCCAGCGCGGGCCUUUGUCACCCAUGACAACAAAGGACGCUUUGACAUGUCUCACUUCAAGUAAAGAUCCAAUUGCACGGCCUGUGUGCAUGAGCUCGAAAGGCAACGGUGACCCAGUCAAGUUGUGAUUGGCUGUUACUAAAAUCAAUCAACUAUCAAUCAAGCUGGACAGUUUGUGCCAUGGCAACUCACUCGGCAACCAGUGCCCAGCAAAAAAGACUCAUCCCUGUAUGUAGUUAGUGUAUAGUUCGUGUGCUCAAAGGUCUGAACAGGCAGCAUCACAGCAAGCAAACAUGCCUCCAAAGAAAAAAACGAAAAAGAUCACAAAAAAGAAUCCAGAAAAAAGUGAAAAUGACUUGGAAGCAAAGUAUAGGCGCAGUAUUCUCGAUGUAGCCAUCCUACAGGAUCACAUUGCCUUACACUGUGAGUCUGUAAUAAAGGUCCAGUCUGAUAGAAUUGACCUGAGGAGACGCCUGAGAGACAUGGAGCAGAAGCUGCAGCAUGAGAGACAAGACCACAGGGACGUCAACUCUGACCUCAGUCGCCAGUACAAAACCAUGCAGACAGAGCUGACCAACAAGGCGAAGAGAAUGGAGAAGGAGGUCAGCCAGCUGAAGGAAGAUCUUGUGCUGUGUCAGGAGGAACUAAGGAAAGAGAAAAGAGAGCGUGAGCAGGUGCAACAGGAGAAGGAAGCCAUCAUAGCUGACCUCCAACAUAAGCUGGACAACAUGGAAACAGACUAUGAGAAGAUCCUGCAUGAGACUCUCGACAGCCUGACUUCCCAGCUGUCUGUGGCUCGACAGGGAUGGGAGGACAAGCACACAACCCUUCGUCAGAAUUACAAGGAACUGCUCUCUGAUUUUGGCCUGAAUGCACUGCACAUCUAAAAGACAAAUGAAAGCUGCUUUUCUCAUUGAGACACAUUUUUUUUUGUUCAUAUGUUGUAUCUACAUCUCAGUUAUAUUUGAUCCGACUAUUGCAUCUGUUUGGUUAAAUUGAAAGUGACGUCCACGACAGCAUCAAUUUGCAACACACAAUUGAGUAUGCCUAACACACAGAUGGAUGUUCUUAUUAUAUAACAUUUUACCAUCAGAGUACAAAAUAGACUGAGUUAUUUGUAUUCAGUAACUCACCAUGUGGUGUCUGUAAUGUUGUGUAGUGCCCGCUAGAUGUAGCAAAUGACUGUUUACGGUCGGGGAGAUGGUGUCCAGAAUAUCUUAGUUUUUAGAGGAAUAUAUAUGUGUAAAUACAUGCUAUACUUUGUUAUUUUUGAAACAAGAUAUUCCUUAAGUCAAAUAAAAGUAUGUGACGACUACACUAACAUGGUAUGAAAUUAAUGAUUCUGUUUGAGAGUACACUGUACUGUACAUACACAGCAGUAAAGACCACCAUGAUCUUACUAC